ACCCCGCACAGCUCCCUGCGCUGCUACAGGAAGCCGUGGCGUCACGGUGAGGGUGACAAGCAGACCAGGUGCUGUGGGGACAGCGGAGAGGACAGUCCAGGGAUGAGGACCUCAUGGGGACAAAGGAGCCGUGGGGAUGGUGCCUGUGUGGGGAUGUGGAGGUUUGGGGUGCUCAUCCCCCUCCUCAGUGUGGGAGCCCUGCAGGUGAGCCAGGAGCCGGCCGAGCUGUGGGUGGCAGCGGGCACCAACGUAUCCCUGCGGUGCCAGCUGGUGACAACAGAGCCGUGGUCCAUGGCCCGCAUCGCAUGGCUGAAGGACGGGGAGCACGAGGUGCUGUGCACCACCCGCCUGUAUCCCAAAGCCGCUGUCUUGCCCUGUGCCACCCCCCGCCUCCAGCUCGCAUGGAGCCCACCCCACGCCGAGCUCAGCCUCCAUGGGGCACAGCAGGGCGACGCAGGAUGCUACGUCUGCUGCUUCACCAUUGAGAAGCCCUACCUCGCCGUGGCCACCUGCGAGCAGCGUGUGAAUGGCACGCUGCUCCACGUCAGCACAGGAGCUGAUGGAGAGCUGAAGCAGAAGCUGUGGGGGGCUGUGGGGGGCGCCUUGCUGCUCGUCGGGCUGAUCUCCCUCGGCUGCUGGUGCUGCAGGAGGAAGGCAGACACCUCAAACAUCUACGUGAACAUCGUGCCCCGCCGGACCCCGAGGAACAAGAGCCCCCAGGGAGCAGCUGCUGGAGGACAGUGCGUACAAGGGGGGCUGGAGCGAGCAUGGAAGCCCCCCAGCCCUAAGGGGUGACCCCCCCGUGCCCCACAGCCCCCAGUAUGAGCAGGG